ACCAGUCCCCUCUCUCUCUCUCUAAAUCUUCCUUCAUAAUAUCUCCACCAACCCUUCUUUAUAACCUCCCCCAUUUCUAGCUCCACACCUCCACACCCCCAUUCUUGUUUCUCUCUCCCUCUCUCUCUCUAGAAGAGAAAAAUACAAUUAAAAGUUGUUAAUAUGGACUCUGGAACUGGAACAGCAAGGAGGAGGUCUUGCUUUUUUGAGGAUGAUGAGGGGCUUGCAUCUAUACUGCCAGAUAUGGAGGCUGGGGUUUCUGGGAAUCAUCAUCAGAGUAACAGUCUGGUUUCUACUGGGCCGGUUUAUUCUCAGAGAAGGAGUAGCUUGAGGAAUCUCUCCUCUGCUGCUGCUGUGAUGGGGUCUCCAAGAUCUGGGGGAAAUGGGAGGUGUUAUUACUGGAGUGAUGGGAGAUUUGAUGAAUCUCACUGCCCACAACAAUCCCAUUUUCUGGACUCCUGCUUCCUCUGCAGAAAGCCCCUUGAUAACAGAGACAUCUUCAUGUACAGAGGGGAUACCCCAUUCUGCAGUGAAGAGUGCAGGCAAGAGCAGAUAGACAUGGAUGAAUCCAAGGAGAAAAGAUGGAAUCUUUCUACUUCCAUGAAAGCUUUGAGAAAAAAAGACCAAAGGAGAUCAACUUCUCCAAACAAAACCUCUGCACAAGACUACUCUUUCCACACUACUAACACUGUUGCUGCUGCCUAACUAACUAAACCCAUCAUAAAGAACAUAAAAUAAGAAAAAAAAAAAAGAAAAAGAAAAGAGCCCAUUAGACAGGAUGAAGAAGAAGAAGCCCAGGCUUGGCUGUGGAUGUUUGGACUUUGGAGAAGCAUAUAUACAUAGUACAUAUGACUAUAUGAGGAUUAUGUGUUUUUAUGCCUUCUAUAGCUCUAAAUAUGAGAUGUAAAUGGGGUGAUGUGAUGAGAGGCCUGUUUUUGCCUGUGAAGAAGAAGAACAUGAUGGGUCUUGUUUUUUUUGGGUGUUUUUUUUUUUUUUUUUUUUUGCUUUUGGGUUUCUAUGAUGGAAAUGAGAAUCAAUGACGCAUGGCAUAAAGUUUCUGCUUCUCUUCUUUGCAAGUUCAAGAAUCCACUUUUCCUUUUCUCCAUUAACUUCUUGUGCAGGGGUGUAGUAGUGGCCAGUGGGUUUGGUUGAGCUUUUUUGUCCAUGAAACUGAUGUGUUUGUCUUUUUGAGCCCAUUGGGUGCCAAAAAUCAUUGUGCACAAGUUGGAAGGGAAUUUCCUAGCAAGCUGGAGAAAAGUAGUAAUGGCUCCCAACUUGAUUA